AUGCUGUUUUUAUUUGUUUGUGAUUCUGCUUCGGCUGUCAUCGCUAUUCCGCAGUACAAGAAAUUAGUCACUAAAUGCAGCUAUUUCAAUGGACCAGCACUUUCCAACCUCGGUCGAAGAACGUUGAGAGGUGUCAAGCCAUGUCCGAAAUGUGGAACUUACAAUGGGACCAGAGGAUUUAGUUGUAAAAACAAAUCAUGUGAUGUCGUCUUUAAAGCCGCUGAUGACCGUAAAAAGAAAACUACUGAAGCUUGUCGGAUAAGCACUGAAAACCAAAACGCACAAGUGUUUUCUGUUCGUUUACGUGACAAAGGACCUGACUAUAGAGAUUUUGUGCAGCUAACUACAGAAUUAGUAGAUGCUGGGGAUGGGAACUUUACAACUGCUCAAAAUGCUGAAUGUUAUGUUGAGAGUUGUUCCAAUAAGAAUGACACGUUCAACCUCUUGACAAUUACAGCAUGCCAGCAUAUUCAAGCAACUCUGAAUUGUCAUUCAGAGUCAGAGAUUUUACCAAUCAAAGCAUCACUAAUUCAUUCUCUUAACAUUCCAUCAGAUCUAAAAGAUGAAUUGUGGAACAUGUCUACUGAAGACAACCAAGGGUUGCAGAUGCCUAUUGUCCAGCGGGUUUCAAAAACCAUAUUUGUAGUAAAAUGUGCAGUUUCGAACAAAUUUUCGUUGGGUUUUCUUCAUUGUUCAGUUAUUGAAACUCGUAACAAAACGGGAACAUUGGAACGAAAGUUCAUCUGUCCAUGUCGUAAGUUGAAGGCUCCAAACUCAUCAGAAAUAUCAAAUAAGGAGUGUGUCCAUUUCUAUGCGUGCAUUUUGGCAUUCAUCAGUGACGAGAAGUUCAUGAAUGAAUUCUCUUACCACAUUCAGGCGUCCAACGUGCUUUCUGUUUCAUUGGACAGCAUUGAGGAAAUGACAGAGCGGCAGUUAGUGGUGCACUUUGAAGUAAUGCCACAAGUAUCGGAUGAAACCGAUCUUCUUGGCGAUGUUAGGGUACUAGAUUCUUUAGUUCUAGCCACCGACGACGGUUCUUCGGGUUUUGCUGAUGAUGUUUCAGCAACGGGAAACGUCAACUUGACGUUGCCGGUUGGUAUUAACAUGAGCGAGCUGUUAAAUGGAACGUUAGAAGUGGUUCCCCAGAUGACCUGUCACACUGCCCCCGUUAUAAGCGCAGAGGAGGCUGCGCAAAUCCAGAGAGGAAAGAUCAAAAUAGCACCUCUCAAAAGACCACGCAAAUUAAUUUCAGAAACAAGCAACCAUCAACAUCAGACCCAACUAACGACCGAAACUAUCCCCAAGCGUACACCUUCUUUGGAAGAAGUCACGAGCUCUCUCUUGUUCGAACAAUGGCUAUCCUCUGUUACGGAACGAAUCAACCAGACCAUGCAUUUUGGAAUGCCCGGUAAUCCGGAUCCGCUAGUCUACCAGAUACCCCAUUCGUUUUUCGAAUGUCUUCGUGAGCGAAUUUCUACAAAUGGGAGAAAGAAGCGUCUACCCAAUAGCACCGUUGUCUUCCAACGUAAGGACCGGCCACCAUUUGUCACACUGACCAAAUAUACUUGGCAUCUCAACAAUCCUAUGCACGUGAAACAUAUCUUCGACACUUCUCUGGUUCAACUAGAACUUACACGAAGUUUUGUUGAGAAUCAAGAUGGAACAUUCGAUUUAUACGUUCCAAAAAACAUUGACACGGCCGGAUCUGGGGCAGACUGCUCCGGUUUACCGACGCUCAGACCAUUGGAACUCCAGACUUACCUAAUAAUUGGACAUGGUAACACCAAUACAGACGGUGAUUGUUCCUGCCCAUUUACCAUCGAAUGGAUCCCAGAUGUUCUCUUACAAUCCAAAUUUGGUGAGUUGAGUCUACAGUUUCAAUUCGGACACCAGAGACAUCCAUUGGGAUUGCUGUCAGAGCGGAGUGGCAACAAACGGCUGAUAAACGGAAUGGCCAGCACAACUACUCUGACAAAUAGUAUCGCCUCACGUCGUAAGAAACUCAAAGUGGUCGCUGUUCCUGACUCGGAUGCCAAAGAUCUACAAAACUUAAAUAACAUCGAGCUCGACUUUGAUGGAGUCGCUCCUUUAAACGAUAGUGAGUUCCAAGAACUCACUAAAUCGGUCCCUUGAAAUGUAUAAGGGAAGACAAAGCACCUUGGUGCGCAGAGUCUCCCCCAACAGGCUGUGCUUCCUUCAUUUUAUCCAUCACUGUUUCCCACCAGCGUACCUAUUGCCAUCUCUUUAUAGAGAACAAGAUCUUAAGCAACUCCUAAGAUGCUCCCCACGUCACUUCAUGUUUGUUCUAGCCAUUUGCACUCAUCCAGCAACACGAAAGCAAGGGAUGACGUUUGAUGGGCGAAGGAAUACGAUUUCGUGCAUUCGUACUGUUUUUGAAGGAAAGAUGCCUCAUUAUUAUUUCUAAAGGAAAGUCAUACGACAGUUCCAAUAAUUGACUUAACUCUGUUUUGUUCCGGUUGUCCCUUAUUUCCCUUAUCGCUUUUUUUUUGCGUUGGAGUUAUAUUCCGACCAUAAAUGGAAAUAGUAAACUGUAUAUCGCUCGA